AUGGCCGCCGCUCCGGACACGAGCGGCGACAGGUGGGAGAGGCCGGGCUCACGGAAGCCCCCGGACAGCCCUGCCCACACUCCCCGGGAUGAGAGGGACGGCGCGGCGGCGGCGGCGGCGGCGGCGGCAGUGUCCUGGCGGCGCCGCGACGGACGGUCCUGGAGCAGCGGUGACUUCCGACCCCCUGCUAAACUAUUUGGGAAGAAUGGAGUGUUGGAGGAACAGAAAUCUCCACGAAUCAAGCGGAGAGAGACGCAGGUGUAUGUUGGCAAUCUUCCGCUGGACAUCUCUGAGGAGGAAAUUCGGUGCCUUCUAAAGGACUUCAACCCUCUCCAUGUCCACAAAAUCCAGAAUGGCUGCAAAUGCUUUGCUUUUGUGGAUCUGGGCUCCAUGCAGAAUGUAGAACUGGCGAUCCAGAAACUAAAUGGGAAGCUCUUCCACAAACGAAAACUCUAUGUGAAUGCAAACAAGCGUUCUUCCAGGAGGACCCAGGAUGUGGCGGGAAGACCCCAGGAGCUGCCGGUCUUGGAGGCUUCUGGAGCAGGCUUUGCCGAAGCCACUGCUUGUACACAGCUCACAAGUAAAGCUGCUGGUGGCCUCGGCAAGGCAGAGAAACCCAGGACACCCUUCUUUGCAGUUCCCAUGGAAAUGAGGGGUUCUUUCCUGGUGCAGCUUCUGAGGGAGUGCUUCCAAGACUUGCACUGGCUGGCCACCGUCAACAGAGUCGCUGGGGAGGUGGGGCUGCUGGUGACCAGCGUUGUCCCUCAGACACCAUUCUUCUGGGCUAUGCAUGUCACUGAGGCUCUGCACCAGAACAUGCAGGCGCUCUUCAGCACCCUGGCCGCAGCUGAGGAGCAGCAGCCCUACCUGCAGGACGCUGCGGCGCAGCGCGGGGCCCGCUGCCUGGCCGAGCACCACCUGGGCCCUUACGGCCACGCCUGGAACAGGUGCUGGGUGCUGGACCGGGUGGACACCUGGGCUGUGGUCAUGUUCAUCGAUUUUGGCCAGUCGGCCACCGUCCCAGUGCGGUCCCUGCGAAGUCUUAACAGUGAUGCCUUCUGGACCAUCCCCCCGCUGACGCAGCCGUUCAUGCUGGAGAAAGACAUUUUGAGUUCACAUCAAAUUACCCAUCGCAUCCUCAAAGGGAAAAUCACUGGCACUUUGAACUUGGAGCCACACAUCCUGAAGUUUGAAGAGUUUAAGUAACACGGCUAUAAUCAGCUGCUCCAGCUCCUGUCUCCCUCAGAUC